UCGAUUAAUUUUUGGUGCAUUUGAUAUUGCCAAAAUUACACUGAAAACGCCGUUAGAAUUCAGCGAUACCAUUGGCAGUAUCGAAGUCGUGAAUAAGGAUUACAAAUUGAAUAACCCAUCAGAAGUGGUCACUGCCUAUGGAUAUGGCGUGUUGAAGAACACCGGACCAUCGAUAUUGAGGCGUUGCGAUGCGAACUAUAUGUCUGAUGUCCAACGAGGCAAAACAUUUAUGCCAAGUCAGACUUUGUACUUUACCACUGGUGAAGCUACGAAUGAUGGCGAAAUUAUUACACCUGGCGAUUCGGGUGGACCAGUCGUUUCAAAAACAAAUGGCAAAAUAGUGGGCAUAACAACGGGUCAUAAAACAACAGGUGGCCGCGGAAUGUUCCUUCCAAUUAGUCUAUUUCUUGAUUUUAUUCAUGACCCAAAGAAUUUCUUACUGCUUUCGAAGAAGAUUUUGCCGAUGCUAACGAAACUACUCAACUAA